AUGAGACCCUCUGCCCCCUGCUGCUUAGCUCACUCACGUCUCUUGGAAACAGAGUUGGACACACACACACACACACACACACACACACACACACACACACACACACACACACACACACACACACACACACACACACACACACACACACACACACACCGCACACACACACACACACACACACACACACACCACACACACACACCACACACACACCACACACACACACACACACACACACACACACACACACACACACACACACACACACACACACACACACACACACACACACACACACACACACACACACACACACACACACACACACACACACACACACACACACACACACACACACACACCAACACCAACACCACCAACACCAACACCAACACACAACACCACACCACCAACACCAACACCAACACCACACACCAACACCACACACCAACACCAACACCAACACCAACACCAACACCAACACACGCACACACACACACACACCAACACACACCAACACACACCAACACACACACACACACACCAACACACACACACACACACACACACACACACACACACACACACACAACACACCAACACACACACACACACACACACACACCAACACACCAACACACCAACACACCAACACACCAACACACACAUACACACCAACACACACACACACACACACACUCACAGGCUUGGUCUUCUGGCAGGAAGAACCAAAAUCCGAUUCAGUUUGAGACGACCGGCGAGUACGGCUUUGAAGCCCAGGUGAAAGCCUGGUACAACGCCGUAGCUCUGGACGCCUGGCAUCCUGAUGUCCAGGCCGUCCUGAAGAAGACAGUACAGGCCAUUGGUAGUGGCCCGUGGGGCUCAGGAGUUUGGUGGGGCAACAGCCAGAUCUUUGCUUUGGUUGCCUGGAUCGGGCAAGCUCUGGCGCAGAGCAGCUGGGGGCGGGACAUGCCUCUGGACUACUACAUUUACUCCAGCUUCACCGAGAACCCUUCGAACCAGUGCUUGGUUCAUUCCAAAGCAGCCUGCAGCGCUUGCCUGGCUGCAUGUGACAAUUCCGGCUAUGCAGGCUCUGGCAACAACCAGCGCUACUGCUGCAUGGAGCCGGAACCCUGGAUCCCGUCGGCCGGGCUCUUCGAUGGGAAGGCAUGCCUGCCCUCUGAACUUGCUCCCACGCUGUGCGGCGUGCACGGCUUUGGAGAGGUGUACGAUGCAUUCCGGGAGUCCACCGUGGGUGAACUCUGGGACAAAGUCAAAACUGCCGCAGAUGCUCUGCACGACAAUCCGGAGGGUUCGACAUCGACGGCACCGAGCCCCGCGGCCCCAGCUUCCAAGAGCCCUGUCGGUCUGGUGACCCAGCUGGGCUUCGAUUACAACCAGAUUGGAGACGGCGCAAAUGGAUUGAAUCCAGCAGUCCUGGACGCGCUCCAGGAUGCCAUUAUGGACCUUCAGGACCGGAGCGACAUCAGAGUCGUCAUUCUGAAGUCAACCGGCAAAUUCUUCAGCCAGGGCUUUGACCCCAAGCACCUUAUGGCUGAGUCAACGAUGUCGGAUGAGGACAUCAUUGCGUUUCAGACGCAGUUUGCAAAAAUCCUCUACUUUCUGCAGAGCCAUCUGUUCCAGCUGUUUCUUGGGGCUUUGAAAGCCCCAAACUCAUCCAACGGGUCUCGAUGUCUCGAAGCCAUGGGCGGCAAGCCGAGCAAAGUUCCGGGUGGGGCCAUCUUGUCAAUCAGGGAGAUGAACCCCGAUGGCCUCUGCUUCGACGUCAACGGUACCAUGCGCUUCAAAGAUAUCUUCUACAAGAAGCGGAAUCUUGAGCCGGGAGAGCGUGAAUUCCUGGUCGAUGAUGCGCAGAUAGACAGGAAGAAGGCUGGUGAGCAACUGCCUUUCUUGGGCCAAAAGAUGGAGUGGGAUGAGGAGAAGAAGGAGUACAAGCCCCUGGAGGGCAAGAAAUGGGGCACCACUGUCAAGGGCUACGACAUGGGCAAAUACCUAUGGGUAAAGCGCGAGAAGAAGUGGCUGCCGAAGUUCUCUGGUGGCAAGCGUGUCCUUGUCGAAGAGAUUGCAGAGGUCCCCAAGGAGCCUUUCAUCAUCAAGUUCCCUCAGUGGCAUCUUGGAAGCAUGAUAGGUCAACGAGCCAACCUGACAUGGGGCCCGAGCAGCAGCUGGAGCAGCCUUCCCCCGCCCUCCUCCGCCGCACUCGGGGAGGAGGCGGCGGCUCAGCUCCUACAAAGAUGUGGCUGGGAGGCCACGAAGGUUCGGAGCCGAUGCCUGCAAGGCCUGUGGAGUGGUCUUGGCAACGUCUACGAGAUUCAGUGUGAGCUGAACGGACAUCCCGCCGGGGUAAUAGUGAAGGUCAUUGAUUGGAGGGAUGCCAGCGGGCCUUGGCUCCGCCGCGAGCUGAAGACCUACGAGGUGGAGGCCUUGUUCUAUCAGACAUAUGCGGAGCGUCUUCGCGCCCUGGGUGCAUGCUGCCCCGAGCUGUUGUUACUGGACAGGAGCGACCGGGCCCUCACUUUGGCCAUCUCGAGGCUCCGCGGCGACGCCGUGAGGAAGUUGAGCCCAGCAGCUACGAAUCAAGCCCUUCAGUGGCUGGCUCGACUGCAUGCAGAGUUCUGGGGAGUCCGUGCAGAGGAUGCGGUUGCAGCCGGCCUGCAUGAAGUGGGCUGCUUCUGGAGUCUGGACAACUGCCGGGAUCAGCUCUCAAAUCUCCCACAGGAUGGCUUUGGCCAGCGGCUUCUCUUGGCAGCAGAUGCCGUGGACCAACGAUUGAAACUGGAGCUGCAAAGCAUCUGUCAUGGCGACUGCAAAGAUCACAAUAUGUGCCUUCACGAUGGUAUCAUCGGCAUGUUCGACUUUCAGUGGACUGGAAAAGCAUGCAUCGGAAAGGACAUCGCCUACUGCCUCGUAUGCGCUUCAGGCCAGCUGAGUUCGACUGACGAAGCUUCUUACUUGGCUACCUACCACCGGGCCUUGUCAGAGCAGCUCGCGGCGAGACAGGAGCCGUCCUCUGCCCCAACGCUGGAGCAGGUCGCUGGUUGCUAUCGCCUGGCGCUCCUGGACCUGGCGCGAUGGAUGGCCGGCUGCCCUUAUGGCUGGUGGGGCCAUGGGCGAGUUCUGAAACAUGCAGCGGAGGAAGUGCUACGCAGCCUGGACGGCGGGCAGGAGACGGAUGCCUGCCCCAAAGGCAAAGUCCGCAUUAUCUACUCUGGCGGGAAGUCCAAUCAGAAUGGCAUGAGUAACGGGCCAGAGGAUGAGUCAGGUGCCAGCGCGCCUGUGCACACCUACCAUGCCAUCAAGAACACCGACCUUGCCAGCUCCAAGAAGUACCAGGAGGCUGCCAAAAAGGCCCUCUGCGAGGUACCACCGAUCAGGCUGAAGUGCGAGGGCGGGAAGAUGCCCAAGUGCCUCUUGAUUGCAAACGGUGCUCAUGAUUGCGGAAUGUUUUGUGAAGGGUUUCUUUACGGUGCGCCGUCGGCCUACUGGUGCGGUGUACGGCUUUGA